GCCGCAGUACCCAAGAGAAGCUAUCAUUCCGUCGUUGAGUCCUUACCGUCGCGUGUUGGGGCUCGGCAAAAACUACCUGACACCCCCAUUCGAAAACGUUGCCAAAGGAUGACGGAAAAAAAAAUAAGAAAACAAAAAGCGACAUCUACUUGGUACAACUGUGGUUUAAAUUUAAAUCCUUCAGUUCUGUAGCGGACGUUUUUCUUCUGUGUCAAUGGCAACGUCCCAAAGGACUUCUGUGUUUGAGCUUAGCCGUCUUCGUCAUAGAAUACGCAUAGAGAUGGUUUUUGAUGCGAAAAAUCCCACACUUAGAUUUUACCUUUUGUUAAAUAAUUUUUUAGUUUCCCUCUAUCCCUUACAAUUCUGAGAAAUUUCAUGAAUGACAACUAGUACUAUAAGGAUAAUCUCGCUUUAUUUGUUCACGUUAACGUCUAGGCACCAUCUUCACAUUAAUUAACAAGAAGUCAAACUUGACGUAACCAUUCAAGAGUUUAACAAAAUACAAAAUUCGUGCCAUUAUUCUUCAGAUGAUUUUGCUGUGAAAACGAAAGUUCAUCAUUUGUUGCCAUUUCGAUGUGAAAAUUAAAAAUAUGUUUUGAAUAAUGUUUUGUUAAUAAUAACUUGAAUGACGAAAAUAUAUAAAAUUCAUUUUGCAAUAAUCUUGUGGUGUUGAUAAUGAGAAAGUUCUGAAGUCAAAUGCAGCGUUCUGUGCUUGGAAUAAUUUACUUGUGAACGAGAUUUUUUUUUUUUUUUUUUUGGAGUGAAACUUUAUCGAAGGAUUUAUUCAACGAAUCACUAAAGGAUUAACAUGAGACGGAAUAAACCUGAAUUUUUCUGCCAUGCAAAGCUUAAACAUUGCACACCACCACGAAGUAUGAAAGAAUGAUGGGGCGUCUGAUUUGCAGUGAGCAAUCAGAGCCAAGAAAAAGAGGGGAAGACAGUCGAAUUUUCCCCACCGAGCCAGGGCAUCUGUCGCCCUUGUACAUGAACACUUCGAACAGCAUUCCAUUGCAUCAGAUCAUCUCUUUCCCGCCUAUCGCUCCGGUAGAUCCCAGAACCCUCACCACACCCUCCCACAGGCCCGUUUCAUCAUUCGCUGAAGAAAGAGCUCAUUCAUCCUUUCAGGAGUCAUCUUAUGCAACGACACCUUCUGUUUCAGAAGCAAAAGAAAUCAGGAGUUCAGCUACAUCACCUAAUCUAAAAUUUCCACCUAUUCUCUCCUCAAAAACAUCUUCAACAUCCGAAGCCCUCAUCAUGCCUCCGAGAAAUACUCCCGAAAUUCCAGGUCCAAGUACUCUUCCUCCAGUGGCUGAUACCAACAAAGCACCAUGUUCUCCAUUCAUAGACCCGAGGUUGGAUUAUGAAAAUAUGAUGGUUAGCUACUUCAUGCCACAAUCGGUUAAAUCCGAAAAUACUUCUCUACCUGAAAAACCAGAAAUUGAUCUACUCUCAGAGAAUCUUCAACUUUCAAAUCAAAAUAGCUUCAAUUCUAGUCAAUCAUAUAAUGCUCCUGCUCCAAACCACCAACUUAUACAAAGCAGUGCAGGGUCUGGGAAUUUAUUUCAUAUGCCUCAAGGCAUAAUUCAGGAAAAUAAUUACCCCAAAUUUCAAAAUAAACCACAUUCAGCACAAAGAACUGUAAACCAAAAUCACAUUUCACAGAACUCUCGAAAUGCAAAGCAAAUGACUGCUCCACAUCCUAACAUGAGACAACAUACUGCAAUGGAUGUUACAUCAUCGGGAUGCACUAUUCUUGAUAGCAGCAUGAUGAGUCAGUUUCAGGGACAUCAGAUACACUCUGGAAAUGAGUUACAACUCAGUCAUACGCUUAAACCAGAGACUUCUUGUAAUCCUUGCACAUUACCGGUUGCUACAACUAGAACAUCAAAUAUGAUGCAGUCUGUUACUGUAGAAUCGCAAGAGUCUGCUAUGGUUAACAGGGACCAAAAUUCAAAUAUUGCCGACAUGUCAACUGUAUUAAAUGAAUUAUCAAUGUUUAUGCCUGCCGCGGAUAGUUCUAUGGUAGAAUCAAUUUUUCGAGAAAAUAAUAUUCCAACUUCCUUCACUACCACAACUACUGCGACGACCGUCAGCACAACAGUCUCUGCUGCUAAUUCUGCUACUUUUCAGUACCAGGCUAAGACAGAGGCAGCAUGGGGACGCUUUUCUGUGUUACCACCAGUAAUAUCUAGUGCUACGCCUUUAGGUGGAGGUAAUGGUGAUGGAGAUAAUAUAUCUCUGUUGAGCUAUAACUCUGUUCCUUCUAACGCACAAAAUUACUCGCAAAUGGGGAUGUAUUAUAGUUCUUUUUCCCCAUUUUCAGUAAAUUUCUCUGAAAAUAUUCCAUCAGCAUUAGCUUCUAGCCCUCGAUAUUCUGGACGAUCAUCAUAUUCUGGAAGAGGUUCACGAAAUAAAAGGGCAUUAUCUAAUUCCCCUUUAUCUGCUGAAGGUAUUGACUUAAAUUCCAUUAUUCGAAUGUCACCCACCUCCCUUAUUGCUUAUAUUAAUGGCUCCAGGAGUUCAUCUUCUUGUGUAUCGCCCGGUUCAUCAGGGGAAAGAACUGGUUGUUAUGGUCAUCUUUCAGCUAGAAGUAGCUCUAGUCCUCAUUCCGGAUCUGGUUCUUCUGGUAACAGAAGAAGCACGUCAUAUACACCUCAGACUGCUACUCCAGGAGCGAGUAACAGCCGCAGUAAUCCAAGUAAUCUCACUAGUGACAAUAGUAAUGUAUCUAAUUCUUGUGGUAUCAAUAACAACGGUAGAAAUGAUUUUCUGGACAUUGAUGACAAUUUACUUGUGAUGCAAGCAAUGCAGGAUCUUGAAAGUAACUCAAACAUUCAGGGGAAUACUGCUUCAGCAUUCAAUACAAAUAUCAUGCAAACUUCGCCAAUGAUUCCUGAAUGCGGAAAUCUUCAGGUUCUACCACAAGACCUUGCAGCUUUUAGAACAGAAGAUUACCUACCAUUCAUUCCAGCAGUACUGCCCCCAGUACAUACACAUCUGCAACCUCAAUAUCAAUCACCCAUUACGCAAGUUCUUCAUCGAGUUCCACAGCACAACAAACCACCUCCAACAUAUGACCAGCAUAUGGCCAGAAAAGCAACCCUUCAGAAGAACAGUUCUUCAGAAAGUAGUCAGCCAUCCAAUUCAUCCAGCUUCGAAAGUUCUGAAGGGGAUAAGACAGUUGCAGGUAGCAGCAGCACUGACACUGAAAGCAAACGAAUGUAUGCUUGUAGGUGGCUAGACUGUACAGCAGUUUUUCAAGAUCAGGACGAAUUCGUUACGCACAUUGAAAAAGCUCAUAUCGACCAAAAGAAAGGCGAUGACUUUGUAUGCUUUUGGAAAUUUUGUUCAAGAAAACUUCAGCCUUUUAAUGCACGUUACAAAUUGUUGGUUCACAUGAGAGUUCAUUCCGGAGACAAACCCCACAAAUGUACAUAUGCGGGCUGUACAAAAGCAUUUUCCAGACUAGAGAAUCUGAAGAUUCAUCUGAGAUCUCACACAGGAGAAAGACCUUUCACCUGCACGUUUCCAGGCUGCUCGAAGACAUUCAGCAAUUCUUCCGAUCGAACGAAGCAUCAGAAGACUCAUCAUGACACGAAACCUUACGUAUGCCAAGUUACAGGUUGUGGCAAAAGGUAUACAGAUCCGAGUUCGCUGAGGAAACAUGUCAAGAAAAGCCAUCCUGAUAAAAAAGAACCCGACAGGAAAAAGAUUAGGGGUGGUGUAGAGGAACUGGAUCCCAAAGAUUUAAGUGAAUGUUUAAUGAUUCAAGCAAUUAAGCCAAUUACACUCUGUGAUGCUUCACCCCCAGAACCUACAGAUAGCGGACUCGGCAGAUCGCCUAGAGGAUCGCAGCCUGGUUCUUCUUCAGACCAUUAUCCAGGUAUCGGGUACUCCGGCGAAAAUAUCAGUAGAACCGAAACAGCACAAGGUGGUAGUUCUCAUACGUCUCCUUCUAGUCACCACAGUAGCCCUCCCGGUCAGAACGAUCGAGAGAAAUUGCCACCAAACAACAACAGUCUUCGAGUUCCAGUCUUGCCACCAAUCGCUCCGUCUCCUGUUCAGCACAGUCCUUGUUUUAGUCCUCCAAUACAAAGUUCCAAUAAAGUUCGACCAACUUCAAGAAACCUGCCUGCUCGCUCAAGAGCUUUUGGCACAGCAACUGAAUCAACUUCCUUCAGGAGCACUAAUAAUGCAUAUCAGUGUUCAAGACCAUCCACUGAUGUUGCUCAGGAUAUUAUAUCUUCAUUAUAUACUCCUCGUUCCAGUAGUAUCAAUUACAAAUCACCAGAUGUACCACAUCCAUCCAUUUUAAAACAGUCAAGAUUUGAAGGAAGAGAUGGCUCUUGAUAGUGACUUCAAUUUGCAUGAGAAGAUUAUAAUCUAACUGCUGGUCAGAUAAAUGCUGAAGAAGAAUGCUCAAUUACAGACCUCACCUAUUAGCCACAUACACACGGAAGAAGUUACUAAUUAAUUAUGUGGGAUCAAUAACUGCAAAAUUGUUUUACAAAAAAGUACUUAUUAGAUUUAUAAUUUUUUUUACAAAACAGCAAAGCAAAAUGUGAAUGCAGGUUAAAAAAAAUGGAUCAAACAUGGAUUAUUGAAGAUAUAUGUAAAUAGAUAUGUAUAUAGUCUAUCAGACUUUUAAAAAACUAUUAUGGAUUCAGAAGCUUUAAAAACUGAGCUUGCAUAAGAAGCACAGCAGUCAUUUGUAUAUUGUCUAUAAAAAUACUUAUAUGAAUAAAUAUAUUUUAUUAAUAUUUUA